ACGAUAAACAGUCGAACCUGUCGCUGUAGCAUUCGGUGAGGCAAGGGGUGAAGGCGAGCAAUGUAAGAGUCAGGCUGAAGGUGUGUCGGGGUAUAAGUAUAUCACAACGAAUUGGAUUCAUUCACUAGACAAAUACAUCCACCAUGGCAAAAUAGUAUCCCUGUUAACACGGAGAAGACGCAAAGUCACUGUCGUAACCGCGAAGUUUUCAGUCAGGGGAAGGCAACGGUUAGCCUGGGAAGCUAGCUACUGUAGCUAACGCGUUACAUAUACUCGCUUUUGCUAGCAACUGACCUCCACCACAACACGGCGCAUUGGUCUAGUGAUCAAUAAGUUACCCAUUCAUUGUCGUCAGCCCCCCUUGUCUCCGAACCCAAAGUGGUGCCCUGCGUCCGGGUCCUGGGAAUAUGAGACAGAAUGAGUCAGAGAGAUACCCUAGUUCAUCUGUUUGCUGGAGGGUGUGGGGGAACGGUAGGAGCCAUCCUGACCUGUCCCCUGGAGGUGGUGAAGACCAGACUACAGUCAUCCCACAUCACACUCUACGUGUCUGGGGUGCAGCUCAGUACCGUCAAUGGGCCCAGCGUAGCACGCAUGUCCCCUCCAGGACCCCUGCACUGCCUCAAGUUGAUUCUUGAGAAAGAAGGAGCCCGCUCUCUGUUCAGGGGCCUGGGUCCUAAUCUAGUGGGUGUGGCCCCCUCCAGAGCCAUCUAUUUUGCUGCGUACUCCAGUGCCAAAGAGAGACUGAAUGGAGUGUUUCAGCCAGACUCCACACAGGUCCACAUGGUAUCUGCUGGCUUGGCAGGGUUCACAGCCAUCACAGCUACCAACCCUAUCUGGCUCAUCAAGACUCGCAUGCAGCUGGACUCCAGGAACCGCGGGGAGAAGCCCAUGAAUGCGUUUGAGUGUUUGCGGCGGGUGUACCAGACAGAAGGCGUGCGAGGGUUCUACCGGGGAAUGUCAGCGUCCUACGCUGGAAUCUCGGAGACUGUGAUCCACUUUGUCAUCUAUGAGAGCAUCAAGCGGCGCAUCCUGGAGGCCAAGGCAGCGCAGCACAUGGACGAGGAGGAGGAGGCGUCCAAGGACGCCUCGGACUUUGUGGGGAUGAUGCUCGCCGCCGCCACCUCCAAGACCUGUGCUACGUCCAUCGCUUACCCCCAUGAAGUGAUCCGGACCCGGCUACGGGAGGAAGGCACCAAGUACCGUUCCUUCUUCCAGACUCUGACCACGGUGCCCAAGGAAGAGGGCUACCGGGCGCUGUACCGCGGCCUCACCACCCACCUGGUGCGCCAGAUCCCUAACACCGCCAUCAUGAUGUGCACCUACGAGCUAGUGGUCUACAUGCUGAAUGGUUAACCUCUGACCCUUGACCUACGACCCAAGAUGAAACCCCAGAGAGAGAUGAGCCGACGUGGACGGUUGGCAUAAAGAGACCCCAGAGAAAUUAAACAGGAGAGGGACCAGGGACUGUCAUCUCUCCCACCUCCAGUCCCUCCAUCCUGUCUUUCUAAAACUAAAGCAAAUUGUCCCAAAAGCACCCUGUUUUUGGGAUGGGGAGUUGGGUUGUUUUCAGGGGUGCACGACACAGAAAGAGGGGUUGGUAGACAGGAAAUCAAUGUUUGUUUUGGGGAUAUGGUUUAAAGUUGUUUAAAAAGAAGCUGUCUCAUUGAAAAUUAGUCCUUAGGAGCCCUUUCUCUCUUGUUUUCUUGCCCUCUCUUAUUGUGUCUCUCCUAAAAUAAGCUUUACAAGCGCAUAGCUUACUGGAGCAGGUACAUUGGGGAGAGCACUCAAGCUAGUUUAGAGUCUAACAAUGCUAAUAAUUUCUCUGGUUUGUGUGUCACGGGGGCAAUUGGUAGUAGAGGCUUGUUGAGUGCAGGGAGGUCUUGAGGUGAGGAUAGUGUGGAGCGAGGUGGAUAGGGGAUGUGCCUUGCAUGACGACUUCAACUGACCUGUACAGAUGCAUAAUAAUGAUAUGUGGGGAAGCAAAGGUCAGACCAGCCCUGGUUUCUGGAUCUCAGUAGACCACAGUUGGACCGCAGGCAUUUAGAACCACACACAGUGCUGGUUGGGUCCACUUGGUACUCAGGACGAAGCCUGGUCCCCUCCACCCCAGUUGGUCAACAUACACACACACACACAGGGGCUAGUCCACUCUGACAGGCUAGCCCUGACUGACAUCCUGACUAACACUGUAGACAGUACUGACUCCUACUGGAAGACAUAUGCAGAAGUCUUUACUGUACGGCCUGGUCAGUGUGGACAGCACUUUGGGCUCUUUCUCUGUUUGCAUUCUGUAAAGUGAGUUGGGUGACCGUAAGAACCUCUGACCCACUCCCUCAGCACCUAGACUGACCAGAAUCAUCUGCCCUUUUUAACUACUUGAAUGCUAACCAACUGAAGGAAUAACAAACUAAAGGCGAUGGGAGCAUUGUCUGGCGUCAGAAGCCAUCGUGCUAUCUGAAGUGAGACUGCUAUGGUAGUGAAACAACCACCAACCUUGUGAAUAUACUAAGAACGAAAAAAUAUUUACAUAAAAUCAAUAACUUAACAAGACAAUUUUGUAUACUGAACAAAAAUAUAAACGCUACAAUUUCACUGAGUUUACAGUUCGUAUAAGGAWAUCAGUCAAUUGAA